GUUUUGGUGAGACGGUUGUCACCUAAACAUUGUAAUAUUGUUUUAUAUAACAUAGGUAACAUUUCAACGGAUAUAUUAAUAUAUUUUUAUAGAUCAUGCCUACUGUACUGUUACAACUACUGGUGAUAAGUGCUAUAAUACUAUAUAUAUAUAUAAUAUAUAGAUUAUAGAUAGACAAGACAUUCAUAGUCAUAGUCAUACUCAUCCACUCAUACUCAUAGUCAUAGUGCUACGACCGAGUCCGCUGAGUUUAGUAACUAAAACUUUUUGCUUUGGGCCACCAUUUAUGAUAGUUUAUAAUAGGCAGAGGCCAUAGGUCUUACUAAUACUACUCUUACUUAAAACUACACUUAUUAAUCAGGUACUGAUUAUAUCAUAAUCAUAUGAAUAGCAGAAUUUAAACAAUUUAGUCAGGGAAGGCCACUGCUUCACCCCCUGCCCCUACCCUAAAAAAGCAUUAAUGAUUAUUACUAUUACUAGUUAUCCCAAUCCUUUACUCUUAAUCUUAAUUUUUAAAUACCAGGAAUAAGAUCAGAAAAAAUAUCUCUUUAUUUAUUCAAUUUGGUCACUUUUCAAGUCCCCAAACCUUUAAAAAAUUAAUUUGAAUCCAUUUCGUGGGCUGCUAAAAAUAGUUCAGGUUUUCUCUCAGGACUCAGGGCAUUUAGGCAAGUGUCUCAUUAGCCGGCACUGGAUAUACAGGACUGUAAAUUUGCAGUUUUAGAUUCUAGGCCUAGUCAUUUCAAAAUAUAAGUAGGCCUGCAAGUAUAUUUUUACUGUCAGACUAAGCGAAAGAAAGACAGGACAUAAAAAUGGCUAGUCCAGUACCAGACAGAUUCAAAGAAGGUUUUUUUUAAGAGUAAGAGUCACUAAAAUUUUUCCCAAAAAUUUAGUUAUCAUUAGGUUUGUUAACUAAGUAGGCCUAUAAAUGAAAUACUAUAUUUAGUGCUUCACCUUGCUAAUCAAUGAUUGUCCAAAGGGGAAGAUGAGAGUGACAAGUCCUCAUUAUUUUCAAUGUCAAUUCUUUAAGUCUUUUCUAUAGGUGUUAGGUCCCAAUUCAAAUAUUAAUUUACUUAGUUGUUGUUGUUUUUUUAAAAUCAAUAUUUCAAGAUGGCAAUGCCUAACUUGACUACUGAUUCUUUAGCAUCAAUUUUUUGAAGCCCUUUAACACCUUGAAAACGUUAUAAAAGAAAGAUGCAAAUUAAAAGGAAAGUGGAAAAGUGUCAUUUUUUUAAUUAGGAAAAAUAAAUAUUAUUGUAAUUGUUUGCAGGCGCAAUGACAAAAGAUUUAAAGAUAUUACAGUUUCCAUGUUGCUAUGUUAGAUGUUGAAGGUAAGUAAGAUGGCUUAAAUCUAUUCCUAUUGACUUUGACCAGUAAUAAAAUAUUAAAUUUCUGUUAAAUUAAUAAUAAGCAAUUAUUUUUAACCAGAUAUUAAAAAUAAAUUCAAAUUGUUAAACCUUUCAAAGGGCCUUUGGAUAUAGUUCACUUAGAAAUCCACUGUAAAUUUCAAUAGGCUAGGAAACGCUAGUCCUAUUUUUUAUUAAAUAUUAAAACUAAGAGCCUUUGCUGUUGUAACAAACUGAUUUUGAUAGAAAUACUUUUUAAAUUUUUUGUAGCCUAAAUGGAAAAUAUUUUAUUCCUCUAGCUUGAUCUCUGUUGCAAUACCAGUCUGUGUUGCAAUACUGGUCUGUGUUGCAUUACCAAGUGCCCAGGAUACUGUGCGUGUCGGUAUUAAAGCCCCACAUUGAUCAAUAUUGUUUCUUCUUUAAGUAUGUUAUUAAGUAUGUUUAAAACCCAAUUUUAGCCAAAUUACCAGAUCAAUCUAUACCUCUUACUAUAAAUAGCUUUCUAAAGUUGAAUAAGGUGUUUUACAUCUGAAAUAAUAAACUUUGCAAAUGUAAAAAAGAUGCAGAGCAAGACAAGAGGAUGCCUCAUUAUGUCCAAAAAAUGGGGGUGGGGGGGGGGGGGGUCAUUUUUUACUGCAAGGGUAAAAUUCUUCCUUUUGGCUUUUAAACUUUACACGUGUUCCAUUGAUAGAUUUAUUGUAUAUAUUGUUUGAUAUAUCUUCCUUAAGAGAUUAUCUCAUGAUUUAAUUAAAAAAUUUGAUAAUUUUUUUCUAUGUCAUCUAAAGGACUUGUAUCCCUGGACAAAAAAUUUUCCCCAUCUGCAUUUUUAAAGAUUAAAAAGAAGUUAAAAUGGUUAACACACCGAUUCCUCACAGCUUAAAAUCAGAAGCUAAAAAAGCUGCAAAAAUCCUUCGAGAGUUUAGCAUGCCAAAUGCUAAAACUGGACCAGAUAAACUUAUUCCAGGUAAGAUUAAAGCAAUAGCUUUGUAAUUCUAUGAUAGUGUAUGUAAAAUAAAAGUAUAACUAAGAUUCUCAAACUAAUAAUGUAUCUCAAACAUUGUUGGUAAAUAAGGUUCUAACAUGUACAAAAAGAUAUAUAUAUUUAAUUAAAGGCAUCUGUUUUAAAUGUUGUUAUAUGAAAUAUGAAGGUGUGUCAUAUCUUCCUACUUUUGACAGUAACAUCUCAUUGAUGGUACAAAACAGGUUAAAUGUGUAUUUGCUUAUUUGUUAUGAUUUUUAAAGAAAUUUAUUUAGAGCCCUCUGUUGAAACUGGGUUGGUCCCUUCAAUUCUUGUAGAGACUGGGUUAGUCUCUUCAAUUCCUGUUGAGACUGAAUUAGUCCUUCAAUUCCUGUUCAAACUGGGUUAGUCACUGCAAUUCCUGAUGAAACUGAAUUAGUCCCUUCAAUUCCUGAUGAAAGUGAAUUAGUCCCUUCAAUUCCUAUUGAAACUGAAUUAGUCCCUUCAAUUCAUAUUGAAACUGAAUUAGUCCCUUCAAUUCCUAUUGAAACUGAAAUAGUCCCUUCAAUUCAUAUUGAAACUGAAUUAGUCCCUUCAAUUCCUAUUGAAACUGAAUUAGUACCUUCCAUUCCUGUUGAAACUGGGUGAGUCACUUCAAUUCCAUAACUUAAUUUAUUAUGAGUCCUCCAUUCAUUUACUCAUCUAGCCAAGGUCAUUAUUUCUGCUCAAAAUAAUGAUUGCUGUUGCAUUUCUUUCAGCUGGUAUUUUAGCCAAAGCCAAAGGUCUGGCCAUCAUCACAGUGUUUAAGGCUGGCUUCCUGGUGACUGCAAGAGGUGGCAGUGGUGUUGUCAUAGCCAAACUGAGCGAAGACAUUGACAGUUAUGACUAUGCAAAAGGUAAGAGCUCAUUCCUUUAAAUUUUCGCAUACAUGUAUUGAAUUUAUGAGUUAAAACAGAGACAAAGUGUGAGUCACAGCCCUUUAUAAGUGUAGGGAAAGGGAUUUAACUAGAGGCAGUUGGACAAAACAUGCUUAACCAUUUGUUGUUUACUUUUCCAGCAAUUAUUUGUUUUAUUCUAGACGUUUUCUCUAUUUUUUACAAAUAUAAUGUGGGUUUUUUUGUUGUUGUUUUAUUUGCUUGAUGAAAAUACAUGUGCAUAUUUUAUCAUAAGGUUGGUCAGCCCCAUCAGCUAUAGCGCUGGCUGGUUUGGGAGGUGGAUUUGAAAUUGGCAUGGAGGUAAGUUAAUGUUUUGUCUCAACUAAUUCCUUCUCAUUGUGAUAUAUAGAAUCUGUGCAUCUUGAAUACAUAAUCUUUGGCUAUUUGUGUAUAGGUAAUCAAGGGGCUGCUUAGGUCCUCAUUAUUUCUUCUAUUUGAAUCCUAACGAUCAAAUUAUUUUAACCAAUGGUAUGAUACUUUUCUAACACAUUUUUAACUGCGUUGUGGCACUCCGUAAAAGGCACCACACAAUACCCUCGCCCCGAAAAUAACGAGGGAAAAAUUGGCAAAAUGUUUCACACAAAAAUCAGACAUCCUCAACACAAAUAUGACAUAAAUUUAUGACCCUCUCCCCACCUUGAGGUUUGAUGUCAUUAUUCAUGUAUUGGCCCUGUGAUGAUAAAUUAUUGUUACAUGAUUAGUUGAGUGAAUUUUAUGAUCUGUGUUGAUGUGAAAUGAUCUAUCUACAAGUAAGUUCUUCAUCAGAUUGUUGGUCCCUCCCCCAGGUGACUGACUUUGUUAUUAUCCUGAACACAAGAUCAGCAGUGGAAGCCUUCUCAAAGGGAGGUAACCUCACAUUAGGUGGAAAUUUCACCAUUGCUGCGGGCCCCUUAGGCAGGAAUAUUGAGGGGGACAUCGCAGUUAGAAGCCCAGCAGCCAUUUAUACCUACUCCAAAACCAAGGGAAUUUUCGCUGGCAUUUCGGUGGAAGGGAGUGCACUUAUUGAACGGAAAGAUGCCAACAGGAAGUAAGUAUAAGUGAUGUAAUAUUUUUAAGAGUUGUUGCUUUAGAGUACACAAUUAAUUUGUAUAUAAUUAUGGAAUUCAGAUGAUAAAAAUUAUAAGAUGAUAUUCAAAUUAACAGUGCAGUUGUUGAAUGUGAAAAGAUUAUUUUUUGGCAGAAAAAAUAAAUAAAUUGAAAUUGUAAAAAAAUAAAGUAUGAAUAAAGCUCUAUUAUUAUCUGAACUGUCUGAAACAGUUAACUGUAUUAUUAUGAAAUAGACGAUUUUUUUAAAGUUAAGUAAUUUGUUAAUCUAUCAUUAAUAGAUCAAGUGAGCUGAGUGCUUACAUUUAAGGUAAAUGUUUUGUCCAGAAAAAAAUAGAUUUUUCGUUGUUUCAAAAAUGUGUCCCCAGCUUUUGGGACCUGUACUGGCAUAGAUUUCAACCACCCCCCUACUUUGAAAUAAUAAGUUAAGAAUUUGUCAUAGAAAAUCUUCAAUGUGUUCAUUUUAUUAAUGUACUGCAAGACACUGCCCAAUUGUCUAACUUACAUUUGAACUACACAGUUUCCACUAAAACCUUACUGUCAUUCAAAGCCCACAGAGCAAUAGAAAGAACAUUGACAGUGUUCACAUUCAGCCUAUAGGAUUUUGUAUAACCUUUGUGGCCAAAACUCACUGCACAACAAACCUUUAAUCUUAGAUUGCAGAAGAUGUUUUGGGCACUGCAGUUCAGUUUAAAAGUUUAAUAAGCCAGUUUCUUCAACAAUAGAAUGUGUAUACACAAAACCUGCGGCUGGAGUUCAAACCCAUAACAAUUACCAGUGAAGCAAAACAAUGCCGCCAUUCUAAGUGGAUGGGACUGAUCAACCUUGAAUGGUGGCCCAUCAAAGAGAAGGAAACUCUGAUUGCAAACCUCCAAUGCCAUGAGGCGGUAUGACACUGACUCAAUGAAAAUUCUCCCGACUCCUGUGACGCCUCUGGGUUCCCCUGAGUUGACAAGCUGCUUGGAGAGGAGGGAUCUGCUGAUAUUAAUCCCCAUAACAUAACCCCAGGCCUUGUGGUUUCACAACAUCCAGCAAAAAAAAAAUUUUGUUGGUUUAUUUUACCCGUCAGAUACCUUUCUACUGAUCAAAAAUAUAAAAGCCCAACUCUGUACGUCUUAAAGCCCUAAGCCCAUCUUAUCACGUCUGUCAAUGUCAUGUUCAAUAGUUAUUCUGAAAGGAUUACGGAAUGGCUUCUUGUGUUGCAGAUUUUAUGGGCAGGAACUCCGGGCCCACCAAAUUUUAAAUGGAGAGGUUAACCCCCCUGAAGAAUGCAGAGCUCUGUAUGAUGUAUUGCGAGAGCACCAGGAGCUCGCGGCUCAAGCGGCUGUUAAAGAAGUCAAGCGAAGGGCCACCAAAUACGUUGAAGAGUUCAAAGAGGACUCUGCGACAGAGGGUUCAUCGAGACUAACGGUAAAAGCCGUGGCUCAAAAUAGUUUUUUUGUUUAAAAUCAUUUUUAAGAGGCUUUCCUGCGACUAUCUAAUGGUGGUGAAAGAGUUAAGCUUGUCUUUGCUUGAAAUAAGAAAUAUAUAUUUUUUGGAUGGCUGACCCUGAUCUCUCGAACAUGAUAACUUUGUUUGUAAUUCUAUUGAAGCCUUUUAGGUCACUUAAAAUGUGGUUUGUAAAAACAUUAUGUAUUGGUAAAACAAAAUGAGGCUAUUAUUUUUUUUUAUACAAAACUUAUUUGAACUUGUUUUGACAGAAAAGUAAAAUUAGCACCAGGAUUUUAAAUGAAUGUUCCCUCCCAGAAAUAUGUAUGUGUGGGCAAACAGACAUAAGAUACUAGACCAACUCGCAAGAGGAAUUUAGCUGCACACAAAAAUUUUAUUUUCUUGGAAGGGGGUGGGGGUUCACUUUGAGUGAAGUAAGUUUUUCCUAGAGAGAUAGGUCAAAAAAUUUGAUUGGAAAUAUACAAUAUUUUUGACAUUCACACUUUUGAGGUAUUCCAAAGAUUGGAGAACUUAAUUUUUUUUUAGUAAAAAAAACUGCUGCAUUACUUUAUAAAUACAUUACACAUCUUUAUGUGGACUUGGCUUAAUUUUAUUACAAUUUCCUUUCAAAGAACUGGAAUGUGUCAUUGAAUAAUUGAGAAUGCAAACUAACUUAAGAUUGUGCAUGAUGUUUCCUUUACUUUACAAUGACAUAUGAUAUUAUAUCUGCUUGCACUUUUACUCCUGCUAUUCCUUUAGUCUGAGUCCUGGAGGCACGUAUCAAAACUUGGCUCACCAUCAUCAACAAAAAGGAAAAGCUCCCGGUCACACUCUGACUUCUCACUGUCUGGCUCAGCCAAAGCAGCAGAAAAGAAACAAAGCACAUCAUCUUCGUUCAACUCCCAUAAAGAUUCAUGGUCGGGAGCCAGCAGUGCAGCGGUACAACCGAAGGCGCAUGAUCCCUGGGCAGAGAUGGACUCCGCUGCAGCAUCAACAAGAGUUGUUGGCAGGAAAAGAAGCGAAAGUUUUUCAGUGAAAGCUGAUUUCUCUUUUACCGGACCUCUACCAUGUGAUUUGUCAUUUCACGCAGGUGAUGACUGGUGUAGUGAAUGUUGUUGACAUAAUUACUGUUGACGUGACGAGCCAAUACCUUGUGUGCUUUUAAUUUGUUGAUAUCAUUGAAUGUUGUUCAUAUGUUGAUUUCUUGUUUUUUUGUUAAUUUUUUUAAUGUUGUUUUCCUGUUUGUUGAUACCUUAUAUCUUAACAUGUUGUAAGUUGAUAAAUGUACACAAUAUAAGAACUUCAUUGCUAUCAGAUUGCAGUGCUAAAAAUAACUUGAAAUUUGUUCAUGCUGUCUCUACUCUGGCCCAGUUUGAAAUUGUUCAUGAAUGUUGCAAUUGGUUGAACAGCAUCAUCAACAAUCUGAUUUUCUGACCAACUUGUUUAUUGACAGGUGAUGUAAUCAAGGUGACAACAUCCACAUCCAGCCAAGAUGACUGGUGGGAAGGUAUCAGUAAAUCUGGUCAACAAGGAAUAUUUCCUGCAAAUUAUGUUCACAGAAUCUAGGACAGACAUCUCCUGCUAAUAAUGUUCUCAGACUCUAGGAAAGACAUCUCCUGCUAAUUAUGUUCUCAGAAUCUAUACCAGAUACAAAAAUGAAUAAAAACAUAAAGGGAGUCAACCCCUUCCCCCCUUGAGUCCCACAUUGUGGCCCUUUGAUUGACAUCACCACUUCUUUUGAAGUUGAACUGAACUAGUUAUCAAAAUAUAAAGGGAAUGUUUUAAGUGCUGAUAUGUCCAGAGCAAGCUUUCAGAUGGGCAUUUUUAUCAGGACAUUUAUUCUUUUUGGAAAAUUGUCUUCAAGGCCACACAAGGUAACAUAUUCCACAAAUUAAAAUACAAUUUGUUUGCAUUCCUCUUCUUUAAAAGCAUUCCUUUGCGUUGCAUAUCAAAAAUUUACUGCACACUAGACUCAUCACAAAUCAUUUCCAUUGGAAUCUCAAAGUCACUUCACUCUGAGUUUUGGAUACAUAAAGUGUCUUGUCAACAUUGUCAGAAAAUCCAUUAAACACAUAGAGAAAAGUUCUCCGGAAAAUCUAGGGACCAAAAAAGGAUGAAUAUGGAUGGAGAAUAAGAACCAACCAGGAAUUGUAUAGUCUAUAUCAGGAUCCCACACUAAGAGCAGAAAUAAAUAAGGGUAGAUGACGCCAGUCUGAACACUUAGAAAGAAUGCCAAAUGGUAGAGAGGUGAAGAGGGUGCAUCACCAACACCCCAGAGGAAAACGGCUUAAAGGCAGACCUAGGCUUAGAUGGAUGGAUGAUGACGAGAAGGAUCUACAGCAGCUGAAAAUCCGAGCAUGGAAAAGAAAAGGAUCAGUUAAGUCUGAGUGGAAGGAUGUAGUGAGGCCGGCCGAAGCCCUGCAUGGGCUGUUGGGCCACUGGGAUGGACUAUAUAGAACUUUGAAGAUUCAGUUUCUUUUUAUUUAUAACUUUGUUGGUUUUUUUAAACAAAAACUCUGACUUCCAUCAAUGUUGCUGAAUGUAAAAAAAAAUAAUUUUUAUAACAUUUAUCUGUCAAAGUAUAUUUACACAACAAUAACAAGUGUCAAAAUCUAUGUAUAAUCAAAGACUGUUCUUUCACAUAGGUCUAUAUGACGUUUACAUUUCAAUGAUAAACCAGGGAAAUUCCUACUUUCGUUUCACUUUUACUGC